ACCAAGACCGAGAGGAGCUGCUGAAGCUGGCAGAUGGAGCCCCUUGCUGUCCUGCUGUGGCUGUGUGUGGCCGCUUCCUCAGCCCACCCCCUGAGCAGAGCUGCGGAAAGGGAGGACGGCGGAAUGGAGCUUCUUCAGCAAUACCUAGAAAAGUACUACAACCUUGGAAAAGGUCUGAAGCAGUUUGUUAUAAGACAGAACAACAGUCCUUUGGUUAAAAAAAUCCAAGAAAUGCAGAAGUUCCUUGGGCUGGAGGUGACAGGGAAGCUGGACUCGGAUACCUUGGAGGUGAUGCGCAAGCCCAGGUGUGGGGCUCCAGAUGUGGGCCAGUUCAGCACCUUUCCCGGCAUGCCCAAGUGGAGGAAAAACCACCUCACUUACAGGAUUGUGAACUACACACCAGAUUUGCCACGAGAGGCUGUGGAUUCUGCCAUAGAGAAAGCUCUGAGGGUCUGGGAGGAGGUCACCCCACUCACGUUCUCCAGGAUGCACGAAGGAGAGGCCGACAUAAUGAUCUCGUUUGCAGUUAGAGAACACGGCGACUUUAUCCCUUUUGAUGGGCCUGGGAACGUCCUGGCUCACGCCUAUGCACCUGGGCCUGGGGUGAAUGGCGAUGCUCAUUUUGAUGAGGACGAGCUUUGGACAGAGGAUACAACAGGGACCAAUUUAUUCCUGGUCGCUGCUCAUGAACUCGGCCACUCCUUGGGUCUCUUCCACUCGGCCAACACUGAGGCGCUGAUGUACCCACUCUACAGCUCCUUCACAGACCUUACCCGAUUCCGCCUUUCUCAGGAUGACGUGGAUGGCAUUCAGUCCCUCUAUGGACCUCCUCCUGCCUCUCCUGAUGCCCCUGCGGUGCCCACUAAAUCUAGCCAUCGAGAGUCUGUAAUACCAGCCCCGUGCAGUCCAGCUUUGACCUUCGAUGCAGUCAGCACCCUGAGAGGAGAAAUCCUGUUCUUUAAAGACAGGCAUUUUUGGCGCAAAUCCCUCAGGAAGCCUGACCCUGAGCUCUACCUCAUCUCCUCAUUCUGGCCAUCGCUUCCUUCCGGAGUGGACGCAGCUUAUGAAGUGACUAGCAAGGACACUGUUUUGGUUUUUAAAGGGAAUCAGUUCUGGACCGUCAGAGGACCCGAGGUGCAAGCGGGUUCCCCGAGAAGCAUCUACACACUGGGCUUUCCCACGACUGUGAAGAAAGUCGAUGCCGCCAUUUCUGUUAAGGAGAAGAAGAAGACAUACUUCUUUGUGGAGGACCGAUACUGGAGAUUUGAUGAGAAGAAAGGGGCCAUGGAGCCAGGCUUUCCCAGAAAGAUCAGCCAAGACUUUCCAGGAGUAGAAAAGGUUGAUGCUGCCUUCGAAGCAUUUGGAUUUUUCUAUUUCUUCAACAAGUCUUCACAGUUGGAAUUCGACCCAAAUGCAAAAAAAGUGACACACACUCUGAAGAGUAACAGCUGGCUCAACUGUUAGAAAGACACAUGGAAGCAUCUUUGGGAGUUGAAGCAGUUUGCAUUCUCCCAUGUGUGCGGGACUGUGGAUCCUGCUGGGCCCCUGCACUGUGUUAUGGGGCAUUCAGCGGGCUGCUGCGUGGCCCCAUCACAGCACACUGCCAUCUUCCACAUGGAAGGGAAGGGCUGGUGCAACUGACCAGAGGCUGCAACUGUGGAAACUA